AGAAGAAGACGCACCGGUUGGUCGUGUCGUCACUUCCUCUGAUUGCUCCAUAAAGGCCCAGCGGUGUCUUCGCGCCUUGAAUUUUGUUUGUUGCGUUUAUUUUUUGAAUCCAGUCCGAAUCUUCUCCAUCACAAACGCAGUCAUGACGGUGGGGAAGAGCAGCAAGAUGCUGCAGCACAUUGACUUCAGGAUGAGGUGCAUCCUGCAGGAUGGGCGCAUCUUUAUUGGGACCUUCAAAGCCUUUGACAAACACAUGAACUUGAUCCUGUGUGACUGCGAUGAAUUCAGGAAGAUAAAGCCAAAGAACUCUAAGCAGCCAGAGCGUGAAGAGAAGAGGGUUUUGGGAUUGGUCCUGCUCAGGGGUGAGAACCUGGUUUCCAUGACAGUUGAGGGCCCGCCCCCUAAAGAUACGGGCAUUGCUCGGGUACCAUUGGCAGGUGUAUCUGGGGGACCCGGUGUAGGCCGUGCAGCAGGUCGUGGUGUUCCAGCUGGUACUCCGAUGCCUCAGGCUCCAGCAGGCCUGGCGGGGCCUGUGAGAGGAGUGGGUGGGCCGUCCCAGCAGGUGAUGACUCCACAGGGCAGAGGUACAGUUGCUGCAGCAGCAGCUGGUGCGAGUAUUGCAGGACCUCCAACUCAGUAUCCUCCUGGGCGUGGUGCCCCACCCCCAAUGGGCCGCGGAGCUCCACCUCCAGGGAUGAUGGGCCCGCCCCCUGGUAUGCGGCCACCGAUGGGUCCUCCAAUGGGAAUGCCUCCUGGCCCUCCAGGACGGGGAGCUCCAAUGGGAAUGCCCCCUCCUGGCAUGAGGCCACCGCCUCCUGGCAUGAGAGGGCCGCCCCCUCCUGGCAUGAGACCACCCCCACGACCAUGAAGGAGUGACUGUGCAAGAAGCUCCGCCCCCUUCAGGCUGUGCUGUGUAUAGUUUUAUUUUCAAUUUGUACUUUGUUUUUUUUUUUUUUUUUUUUUUUAAUAAACUCUUGAGAUUG